AUGUACGUGGCUGAAGUUGACCAGCGAGACUGGGAUGAGUAUGCUGAGCGGCUCACAUUUGCCAUUAACACUGCACAAGAUCGGAUCCGGGGGGAUACCCCAUUUUAUCUGAUUCAUGGGUGGGACCCGCGAUCGACUUUGGAGGCUACGCUACCAGUGGGGAAUACGGGGACACGAGAUCGCGAUCCAAAGAGGCGGAGAUACAAAAUCCAAAGACAAUACCAGCGAGCCCGAUCUGCAGUGAACGAUCGUUUACAAGCCGCAAUCCAGGAGCGAGCGGAUCGACACAACGAAGAUCUGGAACCACACGAGAUCGAAGUAGGAGCGCAAGUUUGGCUAUACCUGGACCGAGUUAAAGAGGGAUAUGCGAAGAAGCUAGCGCACAUGUAG